AUGCGCAACUUCUCGGAGCCGUGCAUCCCAGUCGAGGAAUCACAAGACUUUCCAACAAGAGGCGGAGAUGCGGCCCUUCGAGGGACUGUCCUGGUCGGACCCCCGCUGCUCCCAGCCAUCGCUUUAUCCUCCCGAGGGUCAGCAGAUCCCAGUGUGGAUCCGUUGAGUCAUGCGUCUCCGCCUGGGCACUCCGCGAUUUUGUGUCGGCCUCCUGAAAUUCUGGAGGGAGGGGAAAUGGAAGAUCAUGAGCCGAAAGUUUAUCUGGAAGCCAGCGACCUUUGGAGACAGUUCCACAAAUGCGGUACUGAAAUGAUCAUCACAAAAUCUGGGAGGCGCAUGUUUCCGCCGCUCAAGGCCAGGUGCAUCGGGAUGGACAGAAAAGCCAAAUACAUUCUUCUGAUGGACAUCGUGGCGGCUGAUGACUGCAGAUACAAGUUUCAUAACUCCCGCUGGAUGGUGGCAGGGAAGGCGGACCCGGAGAUGCCCAAACGCAUGUACAUCCACCCGGACAGUCCGGCCACGGGCGAGCAGUGGAUGUCUAAAGUGGUCACCUUCCACAAACUCAAACUGACCAACAACAUAUCUGACAAACACGGAUUUACAAUUCUCAACUCAAUGCACAAGUACCAGCCGAGAUUUCACAUAGUGAAGGUAAACGACAUCCUCAAACUGCCUUACAGCACCUUUAGGACGUACGUCUUCUCUGAGACGGAGUUCAUCGCAGUAACAGCUUAUCAGAACGAUAAGAUCACACAACUUAAAAUAGACAACAAUCCUUUCGCGAAGGGUUUCCGAGACAUGGGCAACGGAAGAAGAGAAAAGAGGAAACUACAGCAUUCAUCACAAAGAUCUAAAGAGAUGCGGAUGAUUGACACAGAACCUGAACCUGUAAAAGACUCAUCCCCACAAUAUUCAGACAAACCCCAGUCAUCAGAUGCCCAUGAAAGUGACAGUCACAAAGACGAUAAAGUUGAGGGCGAUGCUGGAGAAGAGGAGCGCAAAACCCAAAAAGAGACGAAGCGCGGGCCGAAGGUUUCCCUCACAGACAGGACAGCACAGAGUCCAGCUGGCACACAGAAGGAACUGGACCCGAGACAAAGCCAUGGCAUCAAUAUCACAGCUGAUGGAGCGAGUUGCUCUGAGCCACAAGACUCAGACAAGGAACAAAUGUGCACGUUACGCAGCGGUUGUGCACACUGUUGUGUUUAUCCGCCGGAGUUAAACACACAUCUCUGGGAUCCCAGUAUCCCCAGCAGUCUUUUCCACUCUGCUCAGGUGAACACCUGGAACAGCUGUGCCACCGUGGACAGAGCAGCUCCGUGUGGACUGAGCCUGGCAGCGCCUGUCAGGACUCCAGGAGCUCCAGGGUUUCCUGUCAGCCUCCAACAGCACGUGUUGCUACAGGACCUGGUGAACUUUUCACACUUUGGGGGCUUUCUGUUUUAUCCCUACACCAGCCUCUCAUUGAGGUCCAAAGUGGAUUUCAGAGCCUACCCAAGAUUCCACAGCCAGGACUACUUCACCUCUCCGGUAAUAUCUUCAUCUGUUCCUACUGCGGGUGGCGGUGGAUUGAAAUAUCUUGUCCCUGAUUUGCUACCAAAAACCAAGCAGAUGAACUCAGUGGACGAAGCUGAAAGUGACUGCCGUCAAAACGAAUCACAAACAGAGAGAAAAUUCUGA